AUGCCUCGCCCGACCCGGAUCGUCUUCAAUCCUCCCCCUUAUUUCACUGGCACUCCCCGUCCCAUGCCUUUUAUCGUGAAUCUCUUUAAAAUCUUGGCCACGACGUUCCUGAACAUGUCUUCCAGGACGGAGUCCCCCUGCGGCAGUGGCCACAGCAGCCCCUCAUUGAAGGGGGUCGACUCAGGCUAUUCGAGUGCCAGUAAUAGUGAGAUUGGCCUGCCCGAGGUGUAUUUCACUAAAUCCCAUCUUCAAUUCCUCAAUCGUCAGCUUCAGUUCCUGGAACCUCAAGAGAUCCUCAGGUGGGCAAUCACCACGCUGCCUCACCUCUAUCAGACCACCGCCUUCGGGCUCUCAGGGCUGGUUCAGUUGGAUAUGCUUUCGAAGAUGAAGAUCCCACGUCCUCAGAUGGUGGAUCUCAUCUUCAUCGACACCUUGCAUCACUUCCCGGAGACCCUAGAGUUGGUGGACCGAGUCCGCACAAGAUAUCCCUUGGUCAACAUCCACACCUUCAAACCAGAAGGUGUUGAGACGGCACAAGAGUUUGCGGAGAAGUAUGGAGACAGGCUGUGGGAGACAGAUGACAACAGAUAUGAUUACCUGGCCAAGGUGGAGCCUGCACAACGGGCCUACCGUGAAACGCAAGCGUAUGCUGUCUUGACCGGCCGACGGAGGAGCCAAGGUGGUCAAAGAGGGGAUCUAAACAUCAUCGAAAUGGACGAGGCUGGAUUGAUCAAGAUCAAUCCCAUGGCCAACUGGUCCUUUGAUCAGAUUCAACAAUAUAUCACAGACAACGACGUCCCAUACAACACCCUCCUGGACAAAGGCUACAAGAGUGUUGGCGACUGGCACUCCACACAACCCAUCCAAGAAGGUGAAGAUGAACGGGCUGGUCGGUGGAAAGGACAACAGAAGACCGAGUGUGGAAUCCACAAUCCACGAUCCAAGUACGCGCAGUUUCUGAUGGAACAAGGAAAGAAGAGAGAACGCGAGGUUCUAGAUCAAGCCCUUCAAUUGGUCAGCUUGGAGGCUGCAUCAUGA